AUGGAAUGCAUGUGUGGGAAGGUAUGCAAGAACCGACAUGGCCUGCGGAUCCACCAGGCCAGGAUGAAGUGUAAGCAGAAGGUGGUAGAAUCACAGCGCACAGGAACUACGCCUGGUGAGACGCAGGAGGAGCCAGGCCCGGAGUCACCCCACAGUGCCCGGAGCCUCCAGGUGAUGCAACCACCAGAUGCACACAGGACAUCAGAACAUCGUCGGGUACAGUGGCCCCAAGCUAGCAAGGAGAAAGAGUGGCUCCAGUUUAAUGAAGAUGCUGAUACCAUCUUGGAAACAGCAGCCAAAGGGGAAGCUGAUCGACGCCUCAAGACGAUGACCACAAUCAUCAGCCUCGCUGCAGAGAGGUUUGGACUUGAGGAGAAGCGGGCAGCGAAGCCCCCCUACAUCAUGAACAAUAGAGCGAGUAAAAUACAGCAGCUCAGGCAGCAACUGAAGAGUUUAAGGCAGCAGUUCAAGGUGGCAAGUGAAGAGGAUAGGGGGCCUCUUGCGGAGCUACGUUGUAUAAUCCGCAAGAAGCUGAUGACCUUGAGGAGAGCGGAGUGGCAUAGGAGGAGGAGGAAGGAAAGGUCCAGGAGGGGAGCUGCCUUUCUGGCAAAUCCAUUUGGAGUCACAAAACAGCUCCUAGGACAGAAGCGAAGUGGUAAACUGGCCUGCUCCAAAGCUGAGGUCGACCACCACCUCAAGCAAACCUACAGCGAUGGAUGUAGAGAGCAAGACCUAGGCCCCUGCAGGUCCUUUAUCAAUCCACCAACACCAACGCUAGACAUUGAUGGGAAAGAGCCCUUUGGAAGGAGAUCCUGGAGGUGGUCCGAAGGGCAAGGACGAGCUCUGCUCCAGGGCCCAGUGGAACUCUGGAAAAUCCUGAAGGUGAUCUGGAGGAGGGGCAAGGUAGCAGACCAGUGGAGACAGGCAGAGGUUGUGUGGAUCCCAAAGGAGGAGAAGUCUCAGAACAUCAACCGGUUCCGAACCAUCUCGUUGCUGAGUGUUGAAGGGAAGAUCUUCUUCAGCCUCAUUGCCAGGCGACUGACAGACUACCUCCUGAAGAACUCCUACAUUGAAACAUCAGUCCAGAAAGGAGGGGUCCCAGAGGUAUCUGGAUGUCUGGCGCACACAGGCGUGGUCAAACAGCUCAUCAGGGAAGCCAGGGAGAACAGAAGGGACUUGGCUGUUCUGUGGCUGGACCUCGCAAAUGCCUAUGGAUCCAUACCCCACAAGCUGGUCGAAGAGGCACUGAACCGGCAUCACAUCCCAAAUAAGUUCAGAGACCUCAUUCUGGACUACUAUGCCAACUUCCACCUGAGAGUCUCCUCCAGAAAAACAACCUCCGACUGGCACAGGCUUGAAAAGGGGAUCAUCACUGGCUGUACAAUCUCAGUCAUCCUCUUUGCACUCGCCCUGAACAUGCUGGUGAAGUCUGCAGAAGUUCAGUGUAGAGGGCCCCUCUCCAGAUCUGGAGUCAGACAGUCACCCAUCCGAGCCUUCAUGGACGACCUGACAGUGACCACUACAUCUGUCCCAGGCUGCAGGUGGAUCUUGAAUGGCCUUCAGGAGGUGAUUUCCUGGGCUUGCAUGAGCUUCAAGCCGGCCAAGUUGAUGUCCCUUGUGCUAAAGAAAGGGAAGGUUACUGGCAAGUUCUGCUUCUCACUUGGCACCACCAAAAUACCAUCACUCACAGAGGAACAUGUGAAGAGCUUGGGAAAGAAUAGGCGGGGCUUCUGCCUUCCUCGCCGGGACGACGACUCCUCACCUCACAUGACCGAAAACAUGGCGCCCAACGCCCAGACCACCUACCUGAACCGUGUUGUCAUGGAGAUCAUCGAGACUGAGAGGGCCUAUGUGAGAGAUCUACGCAUGAUUGUGGAGGACUACCUGGCCCACAUCAUCGACCAGGUAGACCUGGCCAUCCGUCCGGAGCAGGUGUGUUUCCUCUUCGGCAACAUUGAGGACAUUUAUGAGUUCAACAGCGAGCUGCUCCAGGAUCUGGACCUGUGCGAGCGUGACGCGGUAGCUGUAGCCAGGUGCUUUGUGAUGAAGAGCCAGUACUUUGACAUCUACACUCAGUACUGCACCAACUACCCAAAUUCUGUACUGGCGCUGACCGAGUGCAUGCAGGACUCGUCUCUGGCCAUCUUCUUUCAGAGCCGCCAGAAUACUCUAAAGCGCUCGCUGCCUUUGGGUUCUUACCUACUUAAACCUGUCCAAAGAAUUCUCAAGUACCACUUGCUGCUUCAGGAGAUUGCAAAGCACUUUGACCCUGAGGAGGAGGGUUACGAAGUAGUGGAGGAGGCCAUCAGCACCAUGACAGGUGUGGCCUGGUACAUCAAUGACAUGAAACGCAAACACGAGCACGCCGUCAGACUACAGGAGGUUCAGUCGCUGCUGUUGAACUGGAAAGGUCCAGACCUGACCACAUAUGGAGAACUGGUUUUGGAGGGAACCUUCAAAGUUCACCGUGUUAAAAAUGAGCGAACGCUCUUCCUGUUGGAGCGAGUGUUGCUCAUCACCAAACGGCGUGGAGAACACUACAUAUACAAGGCACACAUCCCCUGUUCCACAUUGAUGCUGAUCGAGAGCAACAAAGACAGUUUGAGCUUCAGCGUGACGCACUACAAGCAACCUAAACAACCGCACACUGUCCAGGCCAAGUCAGUGGAGGAGAAGGAGAUGUGGGCUCAUCACAUCAAACGCACCAUUCUGGAAACCCACCAUGCUAUCAUCCCACAAAAGGCCAAAGAUGCCAUCUUGAAUUCCAGAUACAAUCACAAGUUUCACUCCAUCCCUAAUCGGGUGAAGAAAGUCAAGUCCCGUCUGACUGAUGGGUUUCCACGGCAACAGUCUUUAGAUGUAAAUGAAGGACGUGAAAAGAGCUUAACAGGACAAGUGGGUGUGGUCUCAAAGGAGAAAGGCUUGUCCUUCAAGCAAGAAGGUGGAUUUGGAGGUGAGACAGGAAACGACGCAGCUGCUGAGCAGAUGUCCACAAACGAUCUGCUAGCAGAGGAAGUGUUGAAAUCUUUACGUUCUCCUCAUUCCCGCACUUUGAGGGAGGAACUGAGACGAGAAGAAGUUCCUGGAGGCGUAGAGGAACCACCUUCGCAAUGUAAGCCUUCAAGUAGCGGUGAGUCCUCCGAAGACGAGGACAGCGACCGCAGUGGCAGCAUCCUUCCUUCAUCUGUGUUGGACAAAGCGGGCGUCAUAGCUCAGCACUUCAGCAGCAUCAAGAGAAGUGUUCCUGUCCAAGAUGACGUCUUCUUAGUUGCGGCUCUUCCGCGGUCGUCCGGGACGACUGAACCCACCAGGCCAUCGUUACAGCUCAACAGCAUUGGCUCUGAUGUGAGCGACGUCACGGCCUCUACAGAUAUGACCCUCUACUCUCCUCGUGGUGACGUGGAACGAGCCGUCCUGCGGAGACGAGACUCCAUUCUCUCUAGUCAGGAUCAGCUUCUUAUUGGCAAGAUCAAGACUUACUAUGAUAACCGGGACGCCAACUUCGACCUUCAGCGCAGGGAGAGCCUAACGUACAUCCCAGCAGGCCUGGUCAAAACCUCAGUCAGUCGCUUAAAUAGCACUGAGUCUAUCUCUUUACCCUCUGUAGUAGACCAGCCUUCCCUGGAACUAUAUUCACCCUCGGGUGCCCAUGAUCACAGGUUUUCCACCGACUGCUUGGAUGCUCAGAGUAAGGAAGAUCCUAAAGGUUCCCGGUUGACCACAAGAGCAUUCUCAACAUCCGGAUCUCAAAGCGUAGAAGACUUCAGACCUUCCUCUGAAAUGGUCCAAAUCUGGCAGGUGAUGGAGCAGCAGCUCGGCGAGACAUCCUCCCUUUCUGACACUCCAAGCAGAAGACAUCAGAAGGAGGGUGGAGCUUCGGACAUCUGCGCUGUCACGAAAAUGUCAUCCGUUCCUUCACACCUCAAGGUCAAAACCAACCAAACGACCCACACAGGAAGUCUGACCAAUGCUCCCAUCGUCCUCCCAGCUGAGGUCCCUCAGGUCGUGGGAAAAACAGCGGACGAGGACGACAAAGCGGAGAGCAAGGUCCGCCAUCUUGCUCGUCAGUUCAGCCAGCGGAUCAAAAUGGUCAACCCUCUUGUCCGAAAACAAAAUAACAGUAGCCUGACAAGCAGGAAGAAGUUGGCCCGCGUUGACGAGGAAAGUUCAGGUCAACCCAACACAGUUUUCCCUAUGGGUCCUUUUAAUCCGGUCCGGUCUGUGAGUCCGGGUGGAACUUGCCCUCGCAGUCCUAUUGAAGGUUUCAACUGGCCAGACGUGCGAGAACUGCGGUCCAAGUACUCUGACCAGAGCGUCUCCACUUCGCAGCAAAUGUCUGAUCUUGGCCCUCAGCGACGUUCCUGCUCCUCUUCUAGCGCGGCUCUUAGCGAGAAGUCGUUCAACAAGCAGACUACCAUCGGCCACGAGUCCUGCAAACAAAUCCACAGAAGAAAUUCUCUGGACCCUAGGUUUAUCACAGCCCACCGGAGUAAGAUGACAGAGCUUCAAGGCCGCCUGGACGCUAACGGCACCGACAGCGACGACUGUGUCGCAGCAGAGGUCUCGCUAGAAACACCAACUGAUGAUCUCAUCGUCACCAAGACACUUUUACCAGAAGAAGAAGCAGCGAGCAAAGAUGAAGACAUGAAAGCUUACGUGCAGAUCCGCUCACCGACCAGCCGAGAGAAAAUCUCCAUCUUGGCCGUCAUGGACCGCUGCCGGGUCUACAAGGAGUCUGAUGAGUACAAGCAGAGGAGCAAGUCAAUCAAUUCCUUCAGUGACGGCCCUCCAAGUGUGAACGCCGCCUCAGAACCAAAGAACACGGUGAGGAGUCUCACACUUAAGUUCCAGAACCUCAACUCCUAAAAUCAUUCCUGGAACCAAUCAUGUUUUUCCUCUUGUUGCCGACAUGUGACGUGUCACCGUGUCACCGUGUCACCAUCUGGACAGUGUCUCCAGGACAACAGCAACUAUUCACAAAGAAAAUAUGUUAUUGUCAUAUGCAAAUUAUAUGUAAAUUUGAUAACUUUCCUCUUUUGACUUUGCUGUAAUGUUCGUCCACAAAAUGUAUCCUACCCUAUGUAUUUAUACUAUACAUUCUAUAUGUAUACAGUACAUGUAUACCAUACGAUAGAUGUAUUUAUUAUAUAUUUGUACUAUACAGUAUAUUUAUACCAUACCCUACAUGUUUAUAGUACCAUACAUUAUAUAUUUAUACUAUAUGUAUUUGUACCUUACAGUAUACAGUACAUUUAUACUAUAUAAUAGAGGUUUAUAGUAUCCUAAACUAUGUAUUUGUAUAAUAUAGUCUACACUAUAUUUAUACUAUAUAAUAGAUUUUACAGUACAGUAGAUCCCACCUAUUUUGCAAGCAUUUCUUUUUUCUGCUUUAAAUUGUAAGUAUAUUUUUAAUGUAAACUUGAGUAGAUAGUUGUUUGAUGGCACUAUCUGCAGGGUAAAAACUGCUGCAGUUAAACGUCCAACAGAGGGUGCUGUCUCAUGAGUCAAUUGAGUAAAUGAGUAAAUGCUUUAAGAAGACAACGUUUUUUUUAAGUGCAAUACUCUAUGGCUGUUAAUGUUUCUUAACUGGGGUAUUACAGGAUCAAAAGUACAUGUUUUUUAUAGGGGUACCAUAUAUUUAAUUUUUGUUGUUGGUUUUUUUGCUGUUUUUUUACCUUUUUUGCCACUUGCCGGGCUCUUGGAAUAGAUUAUAACCCCAGCAAUUAUCAAAACUCUAUUGUACGUAAAUACUCCAUUCUAAAGUAUGUAUUCAUACAUCAUGGAUCAUGGGUAUAUGUGUAUAUUUAUUUGACAAAUUAAACACUGAC